AUGACCUCAGUGGUUCUCAACCAGGAGGAUGCAAGAGCAUCUACAGAAACCUACACUUACAGAAGCCAUCCCCGAGUGGUACCCAACAGAAAGCGGUAUCAAGAACACUAUGUGAACAAUGUGCAAGAAGGGCCAAUUAACUAUGGGAACCUCAUGUAUGAUCGUAGAGUGGUUCGAGGAAACACAUAUGCUAUGCAGUUGUUAUCCUGGAGUCCAGAACUUGAACCUGAACCUGUUAAAAUCAAGAAGCAACAUGAAGCUCACAAGAAAAUGCUUGAACGGAAGCAAGAAAAGAAAGAGGAUGAGGUCCAUGCACCAGAAAUGAAGGAUGUUGGAGAUCGCAGUGAUGUGCAGACAGAAUUGUACCUGGAAGAGAUUUUAGAUCGGAUUAUUGAAGUUGACAUGGAGUGUCAAACAGAUGCUUUUAUAAAAAGGCUACCCAGCCCGGUGUUCAUCCCACAAAAGACUGGAGUUGAUGUAGCAACACAAAUUGAAGAAGGAGAGCUCUUUGACUUUGACAUUGAAGUUAAACCAAUGCUUGAGGUGUUGGUAGGGAAAACCUUGGAACAAGCUUUGCUUGAAGUCAUGGAAGAAGAGGAUCUUAGAAAUCUUUGGGCACACCAAUAUGCCUAUCUGGAAUUGCACAAUGCAGAGUUGGCUGAAGUGCAACGCCUCGAAGAAAAUGAGCGGCGACACAAAGAGGAGAAGGAACGUCGCAUGGCAAUGCAGUAUGAAAUACAAACAAAGGCAAAAGUGGUGGCUGAGAAAGUGGCAGCCCACGCAUUUUCUAUCCGAUAUCUGGCAGAUCUGAUUCCUUCAGUUUUUAUUAGCCUUCGAAAUAAAGGAUUUUUCUAUGAUGAAAUACAAAGUGAUAUUGAGAAAGGAUUCCUUCCAUUUGUGAUGGGCCAUGUAGAACUUCGACUGCAGAAGAAGCUUCUAGGAAGAAUAAUGACAGAUUGCUUAAUUAAUGAGGUCAUCAAAAAGAGAUUGGACAACUACGAGGAAAAUCAAAGGUCUCCCUUGUAUCAAAUACCUAACAUCCAGGCAUCAGAUAAGUUUUCCAGGAAUGCUGCUGGGUUUAAAAAGCCCUCUGAUUUCAGAAAACCUUCGAUGAGACAAUAA